CUCUGCAAAGGAGGGGUGGUUUGUGGCUGUCUCCAUAUGAGUGAAUAGGGCACUUUUGUUGCUUCCCCCCUUCGUUGCUAGUAGUACAGCCCUUAGUGGACGAGUCUAAGUUUUCUGGCGGGGGUGAGAGCAGCGUUGUUCAUCGGGGAAGUCACCCAUAGAAGAGAAGAGGAGGUGGCGGAGGCUCUGUAUGGCGGCGCCAGGUGGUAAUAAAGAUAACAUCAGGGCAGGGUGCAAGAAAUGUGGCUAUCCUGGCCAUUUGACAUUUGAAUGCCGAAACUUUCUUCGAGUGGAUCCCAAAAGAGAUAUUGUUCUAGAUGUCAGCAGCACAAGCAGUGAAGACAGUGAGGAAGAAGAACUGGGAAAACUGCAACCCAUACCAGAAAAACAGAAUUUUGGUGUUGAAGAAGAUAAGAAAAAGGCCAAAAAGAAGCAUAAAGAAAAAUCAAAAUUAAAGAAAGCACGAAAAAGGACUUAUUCCUCAAGUGCUACAGAAGAGGAUGAGCCUAAAUCAAAAAAACAGAAAUCCCACAAAAAGGAGAAGAAGAAGGAGAAGAAGAAUAAAUCCAAGAAAAGAAAACAUCACCACAAAAAAGGGAAAAAGAAGCAAAAGAAGGGGAGAGAUACUUCAUCCUCUGAUAGCUCAGACUCCUCUAGCAGUGACUGAGAAGCAAAGCUAAAAUGAUGAUGAUUCAUUCCAGUUCAUAUUGUGAUCUAGUUAAUAUGUAUAUAUAUUUUUACUGAAAAAAAGCUAUUUAUAAUUAUGUCUCUUCCUUAUAUUAAACUAUUUUUUUAAAGCCCAAA